UCUCAUAACACAUAUCACAUCCGAGGGUGGACUGGACCCGACUGGUAUACAAAAUGAUUGUUUCCCCCCAACGAAAUGACUGUCCGAUUUGUGGGUCUUGGUUGUGGGAUUAAGAGGAAUUAAAGUAAAUACAAUAAGAAUAUCAGAGGGAUUUGGUCACGAAAAUUAAUUGGUGGUGGUAUCUGAAAAAUGGAUUGUUGGAAAGAAAAUAGCAAAAAUUAAGAACCUUAUUAAGCUUAUUUUCUGUUUUUGACAAUUAUUAUAAUAAAACUUUAUGGAAAUAGUAUUUCUGAAGCUUAAAUGAAUGAGGUUUAUAUUAAACCGUCAUUUACUAAAUGAACCGUGAACAUUUCUUUGCUGUUGAGAGAUUACACCGACUUAUGAGGAAUGGGUUAGGUACUUUCGCUAACGAGUUUUAUUCAGAAUAUCUUUAUUCUUGUAAUUAUAAGAUAUUCUUUUCGAUUUUCAUUAAAAUUUUCGGAAUUCGGAACAAUCUUAUGAGUUCAAACUUUUUUAAAAAACCAUACACGUUUCCAACUAUUUGUAAUAGUUUAAAAAUAUUUAAAGAACUUUCACUUCAAAAAUAAACGAGUAUGUGAUACAUUUUUAGCUAUAAUUUAUUUAAAUAAAAUACAUCUUUGUUCCAUUACUAUGAGUCUCCAGAUUGGUUCCGUUCUAUACCUCAACCAAUGAAUGCUUAUAUUCUAUUAUUGACUUGGGAGUGUAUUCAAAAGCAUUAUCUAUUAUUCGCUGAUGGGAUAAUUGAUUUUUAGCUCCACUCUGUCCGCAAAUAUUCAAUAUUCCACAAUGAAAACCAAUUACUCUAAUGGCCACUGAAGUCAGACGAAUGAUAACUAGGUCCCUGGCCAUUGGCCAUUUAAUCAGAUAAGUCUGGCCCCUGUUAGCCAUAUCCUCCAGCCGGGUGGUGUCGUGUCAGUGCCUUGUUGGCGAUGUCACCGAACACUUGGGUAAUUGAAAUGCCGACACAGAAAGCGCGUUUGCAUCCGUAUCCACGUCGGAUAUCGCCGUAUCGGACUCCCUCAGUGAAUAGGUAUGCCUUCAGUCAUGAGACGCCACCACCACCACCACCGCCGCCUCCAAGGACUCUGGAGCAUCCCGUCUUCGAGGACAUCAGAACGAUAAUGUCCGUGCUGAAGGCCAGUGGGCUAAUGCCAAUCUACGAGCAGCUCUCCAGCCACGAAGUGGGGCCACCCACCAAGACCAACGAGUUCUACUCGUUCUUUGUGCGGGGCGUGGUCCACGCCCUGACCAUCUUCAAUGUGUACAGCCUCUUCACGCCCAGCUCGGCGCAGCUCUUCUACUCCUACCGCGAGACGGACAAUGUGAAUCAGUGGAUCGAGCUGCUGCUCUGCAUCCUCACCUACACAUUGACCGUGUUCGUGUGUGCGCGCAACACCAAGAACAUCCUGCGGAUCAUGAACGAGAUCCUUCAGCUGGACGAUGAAGUGCGCCGCCAGUUUGGGGCCAAUUUGAGCCAAAACUUUGGCUUCUCGGUGAAAUAUCUCUUCGGCAUUGCCGCCUGUCAAACGUACAUCAUUGUGCUGAAGAUCUAUGCGGUGGAUGGCGUAAUCACGCCCACAUCCUACGUACUACUGGCCUUCUAUGCCGUACAGAAUGGUCUGACAGCCACGUACAUUGUAUUUGCCUCGGCUCUGCUACGCAUCGUGUACAUUCGAUUCCACUUUAUAAAUCAGCUCCUGAAUGGAUACACCUAUGCCCAGCAGCAGCGGAAAAAGGGCGGCCAUAGACGACAGGCGGCAGGAGCUACACUCAUGGAGAACUUCCCCGAGGACUCGUUGUUCAUAUAUCGCAUGCACAACAAAUUGCUGCGCAUCUACAAGGGCAUCAACGACUGCUGCAACCUAAUUCUGGUCUCCUUUCUGGGCUACUCCUUCUACACGGUCACAACGAACUGCUACAAUCUGUUUGUCCAGAUCACAGCCAAGGGAAUGGUCUCAUCGAAUAUUCUUCAAUGGUGCUUUGCCUGGCUGUGCAUGCAUGUCUCCCUGCUGGCCUUGCUGUCUCGCAGUUGUGGUCUAACCACCAGAGAGGCCAAUGCCACAUCCCAAAUCCUAGCCAGGGUCUAUGCCAAGAGCAAGGAGUAUCAGAAUAUUAUUGAUAAAUUUCUAACCAAAAGCAUAAAGCAGGAAGUACAAUUCACGGCCUAUGGAUUCUUUGCCAUAGACAAUUCCACACUCUUUAAGAUCUUUUCGGCUGUGACCACUUAUUUGGUCAUCUUGAUACAGUUCAAACAGCUGGAGGACUCUAAAGUGGAGGACAACAUACAGGACCAGCAACAGACUUGAAUAUAAAUUAUACUUGUCCUCUUA